ACAGAAGGUUGAAAGUUCGAGGGAAGGAGUGGUGGUGCAGGCAGCUGGGUAUCGCAGCAGAUUUGACUGGUUUAAAGUCAGUUAAAAACCACUAACAGAUAACCAUGUCUAGACGACUUCAUGCACGCAGAACAGAGGGUUUGGAUAAAAACGUAUGGGUUGAAUUCACGAAGCUGGCAGCCGAUUACAACGCAGUGAACCUGGGUCAGGGAUUCCCUGACUUCUCCCCUCCAAAGUUUGUGCAGGAUGCUUUCUGUGAAGCUGUGAGUGCAGGACCCAUGAUGCACCAGUACACCCGACCUUUUGGCCAUCCCCGUCUUGUAAACACUCUUUCGAAGUUCUUCAGCAGGAUUGUGGGACAUGAGGUUGAUCCAUAUGAGGACAUCCUGGUCACAGUUGGAGCGUAUCAGGCUCUCUUUAGUGCGUUUCAAGCUGUGGUUGAUGAAGGAGACGAGGUCGUAAUUGUCGAGCCGUUCUUUGACUGCUACCAGCCGAUGGUGAAAAUGGCUGGAGGGAAGGCAGUGUAUGUCCCUCUGAGACCAAAAGAUGAUGGUGCCGUUCUGUCAAGUGGAGACUGGGUUUUGAAUCCUGAGGAGCUGGAGAGUAAGAUCACUCCUCACACAAAAGCCAUCGUGAUCAACACUCCUAACAACCCUUUAGGAAAGGUGUAUAAGACUGAGGAGCUCCAAGUGAUCGCUGAUCUGUGCAUCAAACAUGACAUGCUGUGCAUCACUGAUGAGGUGUACGAGUGGCUGACUUAUGAUGGGGCCAAGCAUGUUAAGAUAGCCAGCCUUCCUGGGAUGUGGGAGCGAACCAUCACUGUAGGAAGUGCAGGAAAGACUUUUAGUGCUACUGGCUGGAAGGUUGGUUGGGCCAUCGGGUCUGGAAAAGUCAUCAAACGUCUGAAAGCCACGCAUCAGAUGUCUGUGUUUGAUUGUGCAACUGCUGCUCAGGAGGCGGUCGCUCAGGGAUUUGAAAGAGAGUACGAGGUGUUUGGCACUCCAGAGAGUUACUUCCAGCUCCUUCCUGCCAUGCUGCACCACAAGAGGAACAAGCUGGCCGCGUGUCUGCAGAGUGUUGGUCUUCAGCCCAUCAUGCCAGAGGGAGGAUACUUUAUGGUUGCAGACAUCUCCUCUGUCAAAGUGGACUUGAAAGAUGAAAGCUCUGAAGAAGCCUAUGACUUCAGAUUUGUUAAAUGGCUAACUAAAGAGAAGGGUUUGGCAACAAUCCCCGUCUCUGCAUUCUACAGCCCAGAGCACAGCAAGGAGUUUGACAAAUACAUCCGAUUCUGUUUCGUCAAAGAGGAUUCUACUCUGGAUGCAGCUGAGGCCAUCUUGAGAAAUUUUUGACAAUAAAAUAGCCCACAGAUUGUGGCACAAAGUCAUGCACUACCUGUCAAUUGUGAAAUCAUCCCAUUUAGACCCAGGCUCUUAAAAUCAGAUUCCUGCAAAGCAAUGCUCAUAUUUUUGGAGCAGAGAACUACACAUGUACUAUUUUAUUUCCUGUGUUUCUUCUUCAGAUGUUUUCUGAAUGCAUUUUAUGCAAUU